GCCAAAUUACACUCCACGCUUAGCGUCGCCCGCUGUAGCCAAUCAAACCAGCGCCCAGAUCGACGACCCACGCACCCAAACGCGUUGGCCUGCUGCCCGCCAACAACACCACCAAGUAGCACCAGAAAGCACAGCUUCUCUCUUUCUUUCCUUCUUUUUUUCUUUUUCUUUUUAUUGCUGCUGAUUUCUCUCCAGCAACGGCUUUCUUGAUUCUAUUAUCCUUUUAAUAGAAUCUUGCUUCCAUCACAGCAUUCCAGGGAACUCCCGUGCUUUUUACAUCGCCGGCAAUCAAGCCCCGAGUCGUCCCAUCAGGGGGACAAACAAAACACCAACCAUGUCCGGUAGAUACUCUCUUCGGCAGACGCCCAAGAAAAAGGAACAGUACGACGGCAUGGUCGAAACACCCGCCACACGCAAGUCCCGUCGCCAGUCCUCCAUGCCCGCCGACAUCCCCGAGGACGAAGACGAUGCGCUCGAGAAGAUCACCCGCAAGCGCUCCGUCCGCCGCCGAACCCUCAAGUCUCUCGAGCCCGAGGACGACGUCGAGAUCAAGAAGGAGGACGACGACGAGGACACCAAGCCUAUCUCGUCAGCCAAGAAGCCUGCCAAUGGCGGCCGCAAGGUGUCUGCGCGCAAGGCGUCUGGCGCCUCGACUAAGAAGGCUGCCAAGGACGACGCGGAUGCCCACAUUGUCGACGGCUGGCGCCCCGGCCAGGACCACCGCAUCGACUACUCGGGCGAGUUUGAGUUUGGUGGCUCCGUCGGCACCCUCUUCAUGAUGCUCUUCUUCCCCAUCCUCAUGUGGUACAUGUGGGUGGGCGCCACCUACUACGACGGCAAGUUCCCGUCGCGCGAGGCCGGCCAGUCCUGGGCCGACUUUGGCGCACACCUCGUCAACCUCGUCUACACCGGUGCGUUCCCCCACGCAAAGGCCUGGCUCUGGUACUGGAGCUACCUCAUCUUCGAGGGCGCCUGCUACUGCCUCCUCCCCGGCGUCAAGGGCUACGGAAAGCCUCUGCCCUUCCAGAACAACGAGCAGCUGGAGUACUUUUGCAACGCCUACACCAGCUUGUACACCACUUUGGCUGUCCUUGCAGGCCUGCACUUCUCUGGCGUCUGGCCCAUCUACAACGCCAUUGACGAGUUUGGUCCUCUCUUGUCUGUCGCCAUUCUGAGCGGCUUCAUUGUCUCUUUUGUCGCCUACUUCUCUGCUCUCUACCGCGGCAAGCAGCACCGCAUGACCGGCUACCCCAUCUACGACUUCUUCAUGGGCGCAGAGCUUAAUCCCCGCAUGUUUGGCAUCCUCGACUUCAAGAUGUUCUUCGAGGUCCGCCUGCCCUGGUACAUCCUGCUCAUUCUGUCCCUCGGUGCCGCGGCCCGCCAGUACGAGACCUACGGCUACGUCUCGGGCGAAGUCAUGUUCCUCGUCAUGGCCCACUACCUCUACGCCAACGCCUGCUCCAAGGGUGAGGAGCUCAUCAUCACCACCUGGGACAUGUACUACGAGAAAUGGGGUUUCAUGCUCAUCUUCUGGAACCUUGCCGGUGUUCCUCUGUCCUACUGCCACUGCACCAUCUACCUCGCCAACCACGACCCUGCUGAGUACCGCUGGAACCGCUGGGCUCUCUUUGCCAUGUACGCCGCCUACCUCUUCUGGUACUGGGUCUGGGACAGCUGCAACAGCCAAAAGAACCGCUUCCGCGCCAUGGAGCGUGGCAAGGUUGUCUGGCGCAAGACCUUCCCCCAGGUCCCCUGGCAGACGGUCCAGAACCCCAAGACCAUUGUUUGCCCUCAGGGGACCAUCCUCGUCGACGGUUGGUACGGCCUUGCCCGCAAGAUUCACUACACUGCCGAUACCUGGUUUGCUAUUUCUUGGGGCCUCAUCACCGGCUUCAACAGCCCCUUCCCCUGGUUCUACCCUCUCUUCUUUACCUGCAUGAUUGCCCACCGUGCUUCCCGUGACAUUCACCGUUGCCGCACAAAGUACGGUGAUGCUUGGCUGGAGUACGAGCGCCGCGUGCCGUACCUCUUCAUUCCCUACGUCAUCUAAACAUACGGUGUGAUCAACCAACGAUGGCAUCUUUUGGGUGAUGCUCGCGCAAUUGCCGCCUUCUUCAUUGGCCUCUUCUUUUGUCCAUAUUGCUACAUCUUGCCUACAAAGGCAGCUCGCUUUGUAUGGUCACGACGUCUCUGCCGUCAUUCCCGCAGCAAGCAGCUAGUGCUAGUGCAAGAUCUUCUACCUUUUAAUUCAAUUUGGUUAAUGGUUCUUCUACUAAACUUGUCACAUUUAUAUCCACGUGCCGUCUGACGACGUUUUUUUCAAAAUGAUAAAGUGCAUUCCUGCCCUAAGUAGAUUCCUUUACAACCUGUCUAAAACGAGAACAAUCAACCCCUUCGCGGCAGCCAAACAAAGUCUCGUCGCUAGUAUACAUAUACAACGAUCCUCUCCCGUCUCAGUUUACAACCUGAGAUGAACAUAUCCGCAGCUUACGCAAUGCAGUCCAAACUUGUGGGAAUAGCUUGCCGUGCACCCGGAGAGGAAAAAAAGUACAACGCAGGCACACAGCGUAACCCCCCACCAGUAGCCGUAACCAUUAUUCGAUCAAUUGACCCAAGACCAACAGACAUUUAUACUCUUCCUGUUUUGUCAAAAGUAAAACUGAUCAAGCCAUGUCCAUUUUUCGUAUCUUGGUUUGUUUAUUAGCAGUUAAACGCGUCGGCCUUGGAGUUCAUCAACAGGGCGACAAUGAGACCGUAGAGACCUGCCAAACGAUUAGUCCACAAAUUUCCUGGCAAACCAGAAUGGACAUGGAAAACUUACCCAAGACUUCGGCGAAAAUGAGAAUCAAAAUCAUACCAACAAAGAGACGGGGCUGUUGGGCGCUGCCACGGACACCGGCAUCACCAACGAUACCGAUAGCGAAACCAGCAGCAAGACCAGCAAGACCGACGGAAAGACCAGCACCGAACUGAAUGAAACCAGUGUAGAGAGCCAUCUCCUGCUUGAGGCCGUCGGAGAUGAGGACAGAAACGACGAGACCGUAGAUACCAAUGAUACCAGCCAUAAUAACGGGGACAAUGUCUGUGGUAUGGGUUAGUUUUGGAUGCGCAGAUCACACAGGCCAUUGUAAAUAAAGGGUUCGCGUACUCUUGACGAUGAGAUCAGGGCGGAGGACACCCAUGGCGGCGAUACCAACACCAGACUUGGCGGUACCGUAGGCGGCACCAAGGCAGGUGAAGACAAUGGCGCAAGUGCAGCCCAUGACACCAAAGAAUGGCUAUAUUUCAGUUAGUACGUGUCAUUCAAAAGCUUCGACAGCGGAAAUAUUGAUGCAAUGGGCGGUAAGGCAUCGUUGUUUGCUAAUCGCUCGGUCGCAUCGGGAUCGCUAGGAGGAGAUUGUACUAACCGCAUAGACGGGGCUAAAGAACCGAUUGUGUUAGCGUGUGCUGCUGUUAAAUAUUGAAGAUUGCCCUUGAGACAAGAAACACGGUAUCCAGAAUGCUUGAGAGAGCUUCAUCGCAGGCGUCGAAGCUCACAAAGGUAGAUGACGUUUCUCGAGGGGGCCGCGAGGGUUGCGACUUACCAGAGUUCCGUGACAGGCAUUUUGGACGAUGUGGAAGCUUAAAACUAAAAGAAAGCAAAAGUAGUGAUCGGGAAGAUGCUUUUAGACGAGAAUUCGAGAUGGCAACGGUCGCGGGCGGCUGGUGCGUGUCGAGUUGGCGUCGAUGAUGAUGGAGUGGUGUGGAGGUUUGAGAAGCUGAGGUGUCGUUCCCUGGCGACGGAGAAACUGGUCGGCGCUGUUUUGGG